AUGGCGACGGUGGCCCUCUUGGCGUGGCUCGGGCUGUGGCUGGGGCGCGCCACGUCGGGGCUGCCCGGCUCUCUCUGCGAGCCGGUGCGCAUCCCCAUGUGCCGCCACAUGCCCUGGAACAUGACCCGAAUGCCCAACCACCUGCACCACAGCACCCAGGAGAACGCCGUGCUUGCCAUCGAGCAGUACCACGAGCUGGUGGCCGCCGGCUGCAGCCCGGUGCUCAGCUUCUUCCUGUGCGCCAUGUACGCGCCCAUCUGCGCCGUCGAGUUCCUGCACGACCCCAUCAAGCCCUGCAAGGCGCUGUGCCAGCGCGCCCGAGACGGCUGCGAGCCCCUCAUGAAGAGGUACAACCACAGCUGGCCCGAAGCCCUGGCCUGCCAAGACCUGCCCGUCUACGACCGAGGGGUCUGCAUCGCCCCCGAGGCCAUCGUCACGGAUCUGCCCGAAGAGGACGUGAAGUGGAUCGAUUUAUCUGACGACGUAAUGGUCCACGAAAAGCCUCUGUUUCCCGAGUGCAAGACCUCAAAGCGCUGCAAGUGCAAGAAGGUCAAGCCCACUCUGGCGACGUACUUGACCAAAAACUACUCUUACGUUAUUCAUGCUAAAGUCAAGAGCUUAGAGAGAGGAGGCUGCAAUGAAAUAACCACAAUGGUUGACGUGAAAGACGUACUGAAAUCUUCAACUCCUGUUCCCCGUUCUCUCAUGCCUCUGCAUACAAAUUCCUCCUGCCAAUGUCCCCCUCUUCUGCCAAACCAAGAUGUCCUCAUUAUGUGUUACGAGUGGCGCUCAAGGUUAAUGCUUCUUGAUGGAUGCUCAGUUGAAAAAUGGAAGGAUCCGCUAAGUAAACGAUUUAAGAGAUGGGAACAGCGACUCCAAGAACAGAAGCAACGGGCAGGUCCAAAUAAAAACCAGAACGCUAGAAACUCCGGCCGCAGCGGGAUGCCAAAGCAAAACCUGAAGAACACCAACCCGGCGCUCACUAGUCCCAAGAAAAUCAACAAGCUCAGAAGCGACCAGAAAGAAAUCAGCCCCAAAAACAUAUGA